AUGUCAACUGUUGGCGAUGGCAGGCUUUUGCUGCAUCUACCGCAGUCCCUCCUUCAUCAACCACCUGAGCCCGGUGUCAAGACCGAGGCAAAAAGACCGGAGGUGGAAUCGGACGCAGAUGGCUGGCGUGGAGUGAGUCUGAGCCCAGGCGCGCCGCCCCACUUCCUACGUGCGGCGUCGCUAUGGGUACGCAGCCAAAAUAGCGUGUGAUGUACCCUUACCUGACCCCCAUAUUAUCCAGCAUAGCGGCCGUUUCUUUGUGCAUCUCAAGGUAGAAAUAGGGAGACAAUGGUUUUGGAUUAAGGGACAAUGAGGUCCCAACUGACGUCAAUCACAGUCGGUUGUUGUAUUACAUCACGUGUAGAGGCAAUCCUGUUGUCAGUACUCUUAGUUAAUAACCUGUCUCCUAUUAUUUCCUAACCUCUUUAAUGCGCAAAAUAUACUCAUAUUGUAGCGACGCAAUCCACUGGGGUUUGACAGCAUGUUUGGAUAUGGAGUUUAGAUCUGGUCUUGCAGGCUAAUGUGCUGGUUCUUAGUUACUCAAUUAUUACUUUCCGACAAAGACAAGGGAGACUGGAAGGGCCAUUUCUGGCUGACUAGCCGCCGUCAUCCAGUGAUACCCAACCCUGAGGUGUGGGAUAGCUGGGGCUCGAUCUCGCGAUCUGUUGGUUAGAAGUCCAACGUUCCCAACCACUAAGCCACGGUCUCGUCCUGUCGGUUGCGAUCGGGUUUAUAUUAUGGCAGAGGGCCGCGCAUUGGUCGCGUUACGGAACUCACUCGUCCCGUCAUGCCUUAGGGCUCUCUCUCUAGCAGUCGCAUAAGGACGCGCAAUAUAAGCAGAAAAUUAUUACCGAAAAAGUAGGAGAGACAGGAAUGGCCAUUUCCGACCCAUUAGCCGUCGUCGGCCAACCAAACGGGGCCGACGGACCUCGAGAGAGAGCCCAAAGACACAGCGGAACCAGUGAGUUCCGUAACGUUAUCGCUGAACGUCCCUCUAACAUCCUCAAUUUCCUUUCCGACGGGAACAGGUAGAUUCAACGACGCUACUAUUUAUUCAGAGACUACCAAAAACUUCCUUAACCGUCCGUUCGCAACAGGUACUCCUCGUAUUUUGACGACAGUAAAGAAGGGUGCAUUGGGGUUGUGCACAGGAAUAGGGAUUCCCCGUAUUACCGGUGGUCCUGCCCUGAAUUUAUUGGUAGGAUUGGAGUUAGGGCUAGUUGCGCCAAAAGCCGUGGUUUGGAAUGUUCCAUCUAUCAACUAAAUGUGACUAUUAAAAGCACUGACACGACAUACUCCUUCAGUACUAAUAAAGCAUCAUCAAAAUUUGCGUAGUAUCAACAAUAAACGAGGACUCUCGUUCACCUAAUCAAAAAAUGCCACCGAAAACUGCACGAAAAGUUGUUUUUUUUUCUGGAAGGCUAUACGUUUAACGCCGUUGUAUAUACCGACGCUGAAUGAAAUUUCAGCUCUCUCUGAUAGACGAGUCGUGCGUGAUAGCUUCUCGACUCCUCUCUUCCACAACCGUCCUCGAUAAUCUUUUUUCUUUCACAAGGGGAGGGAGACGGGGAGGAAUACGACUGAGCGUGAGUAGCCCCGUCUCACAGUGUUGGUGAGACAGUUCCAAGAAGACCUUAUCUUCCACCGAAACCAACAUUCACGUCUGAACUCCUGUCUCCUGCCUCCAAUGACUCAUCUAAGGCCUUUUUAUCAGCAAUCUUCCGGUAGUGCCUCAGUGCAGGAGGUGCACCGGCUGAAUUAAACAGUUGUUAGACCUACUCGAGGAGUAGUUGGUAAAAAGUACCAGACUUCCUCCACAGACAGGCGGCCUAGGAAUUCGCAGAGCAUAUUCACUCAUUCUGAACUUAUCAAUACGUGCAUUUACUAUUGCAACAGUGGGCCGAUAAAUAGGGCUGACGUUAUGCGAUGGGCUAAGUGAGAGAGGUGGAUAAGAAGGGAGAGUGAGAGGAGGCAGACCGAGACCUGCCCAGUGAGACAUUCAUUCACUGCAGUAAACGUAACGUGACCUGGGUUCUCAGUGUAUCUUAAAAGUCGCAGCUUGAAUGGCUGCAUAACUCAGCUCUACUCGGAAAAUAUAGUUAGACCGCAGUGUGACUGAUGGCUCGACUGUAGCAAACGACGACCUCCACCUUGUGCCACAUGCAGUGGGCGCAAAAACCGCGAAUUUCUUGCGAGUUAGUUUAUAGUGGGGCGGACUUGCGUAGCGCAUAUCGCACCCUCUCCUUACCCACCCGCCCACCAUGAUCCAACAACAAGAUAAUGCCAAGACGGCCAAAGGUGGGUGCGGGGCACAGUGGAUAACAAAACUGAACAGUACGUCUGACGCGUGCAAUUCGCACUACCAGAUUAGAAAAAUGACGGCCGGGAUUCCACAUGGUAGGACUGACUUCUGCCACCAGUUGGCAUUCUUCAAAACCUUGACACUUAGUGCUCCGAAGUGGAUUAAAGAGCGUCAGUUUUGUCGACAGAUGAGAAGAGACGAGUCCCAGGAAGCAGUUCAAAAAGGGAAGGGGUGAUCGCUGGAACAAGAGGUUUACUGGCCUGACGUUUCGGAUUCUCACUCGAAACAAUCAUCAGAGAUAUUUUCAGAUAAUGGUACUGGUGCCGCAAAAAGGAGGGAAGUAUUUGUAUGAUGCGUUUGCCACGCAGCCAUAUGCCUACUGUGAUUAACAAGUCUCGUGUUCAGCUUUGGGGGGUCGUAAUUAAUGCGACGAUUGCUUUUUAAUCCGCACCCGAGUCGUCAAUUGCCGAAAUGCAAUUACCGUUUUGGAUUCUUGGCGUGAUAAAUGGAAGUUUGGCUGGUUGUCAUUGAAACUGUCGGCUGCCGGCGUCUUUCCACGUGAUUAAUUAAUCUGUCUGGGAGAAAUCUCCCCAUAGAAUAUGGGGGCGAGAGGUCAUUGCGCUUGUUGACUGACCGAGGAUCUGAGAACCAUGACCCAAACCACUCGAAGCUUACGCGCCCUCCCCUCUUACGAGAAUUUCGACCUCGUCAAACUUUAAGGUGUGGCCGACUCCCAUCGAAUGACCCGCGACUUGAGAUUUACUAUCAUUCCUCCUAUCUGCCGUCGCCUGUUCUCUCAUCUGCAUCCAGAGUAGUCCUCUAGUUUUACGACGUACCUGCUGCACCGGAUCCCGUAAAAGACUCCGGACGUUUCCUGUCGUGGAAGUUGGCCUUUUAUUCUCGUGACGCAACGCCACGUUCUUUGCGCCAGACGAGGACAUCAAGGUACGGAUUUACGCGAAAGCCCGCUGUUGGGUUCACUUUACGGCAGUCGACAGUUGCAGUGUACAGCAUUAUCUGAGGAUAAUGGUGUACACUGUUGAACAUCUCUGGUUCGUUCGGGUUUCAAAGUAAAGAAAGGGGUCUACGUAAUGUGGUUCGGCGCGAUGGCUUCUUCCGGGUGUUUCUAUUUCUAACCCAGACAUAUUGGUUUCUUAAUGCGGUCUUCCUCCGAUGGUGAUGCCACCCACUGCCGAUACCGAAACUGACGUCAGGGAGUCGGAUACUUGUGGUCCGUGUUUGAGCUCGGCUGUUUCCCCGCCUAUGUUUGGCGAACCAAUCAAAACGGUUUCCGGCAUACGGAUGAAUGAAACUUUAGAGGGGUGCAUAACCGCAUGCGAACGUGGAUUGGGCACCGUGUCCAGGUGCUAAUUCAUGAAAUUUUAGUCGAAAUUCUGAGAUUUAUUUUCGUUUCGAAACGAUCAUUUAAGCAAGGUUUUACAAUUAGUCAUCAUGGUGCAUAACUCUCUAAUAAUUCAGAUACCUCGGGAUACCGGCUAUCGAACGAUUAUCUUUUCGGCCACAUGCAAAAACCAUACUCUGCAAAAAACGAUUACUUACGUAGCAUGGAUUUUUCUCAUUGAUUUUCGAUGCCCUCAUAAAUUCAACUACAUUUCAUGUAAGGCAGGCGUAAAAAUAUUCAUCCUUUUAAUCAUUCGGCAGAAGAUUACGUCUUCUUCCACAUUUUGCUUAAAGGACGGGUAUAAUUCGGUUUUAAAAGUUUCAAAUUAUGAGAUUUUUCAACACCGUAAAAUGCCCGUCCGUAAAAUAUCAUGUCUCUCCCUUUACUGACGUGGUUUGUAACGUUUACCAUAUGGCUCAAAUCCACUGGUAAAUUUUAUAAACCACAUAUGGUCGCCUCUUAUACCGUAGAGAAAUGUAUAAUUUAUCCUACGCAGAAGACAUACGGUUUGUAGUUUGGAAACCGUGAAUACAAGUGUAAUGGGAGAUCAGGUUCAAAAUUGAUCGGGAAUUGGAAAAGUUCUUGAAAACUGAAUUACACCUUUUAUUUGAGUAUAAAACUGGAAGAAGACAUAGUUGUCUACCGAAUGAGCCAAAGAAUGAAUAUUUUUAUAUGUGUUUUCCAUGAAAUCUAAUUGAAUUUACAAGAGCAUUGAAAAUCAGUGUGAAAAAAUCAUGCUGCUUAACUAGUCAUUUUUUACAGGGCGUGGUUUUUUCGUGCGGUCAUUAAGAUGUCCGUUUGAAAGCCGGCAUCCCGAAGUAUCUGAGUUAGUAUGUAAUCAUGCUGCAUAAGAUUCACUUGUAAAAUCGUACUUAAGUAAUCUUUUCGAGUCUAAAACGCAUUUCAGAAUUUCGGUUGACAUUUCAUGAGUUAACACACCUGAUGUAUCUUCCUUAGGCUUAUGCGAUCGGGAUGGUAUAGACAGAUAACCAUAUCAACACAACUUGUCCUGACUAGCAAUUACCAGAGUCCGGGGCUGCCAUCGUCAUUCGUAUUAGUCGCCCUUCAUUUCUUCAUUUUGCCCUUAUUUCCCAGUUCCCGCCCUUCUGUAUCUACCUUUCCUUUCAAUUUUAUUUUAAUCGUCGGCCUGUAUAAUGACACACUGUUACCACUCCUUUCUCCUGAACAACGGCAGUGAAAACCUGCCAGCUAAGUGGCCACGAUCAUUUAAGUAGACAGAACUUCAAAUCUGAAUGUCAUAUCUUUUCAGGCCUCCUGGAUGGCGACGUUGACGGUGUGCACCAGCGUUUCCUCAGUCUGAACAGUGCCUGUCUCACCCGCCAAAAUUCCCCAGUACGGAGAGGCCGUAAACAAGGCAGGGUCAAAGGCAGUUCAGACUCUGGUGCGGCAUCUCUUGAGGGCCAGGCGGGUAGUACAACCGCGCCGCCUACUAGUCUCACUUUGGACGUAUCCGGUAGAGAAUGGCGAGCAGAUUUCGGUCCUAGGCGCACGACUGCUGCCCUUGGUGACCUUGACGGCUGGUCUGCCGAGCGAGGAUGGGUGAAACCCAUGCGAGAGACUGUGGUGGGUUUCCUUGGUCUCACAAGCAGUCUGGCCAGAAGGAUAGCUGACCUCAUCAACAGGGCACUGGGCAUGCCAAUAAUUUACCAUCAGAAGUAUCCCCUGUGAGUACGCCCUCCUGAGUAACUCGUUCUUGGCCGGCAUAAAUAUUACAAUUAGUGCCUACUACAAUAUAAUAAGUAGAUAGAUCAUUGAGCAUCCAUUUUAUUUUCAAAGCACCGACUGUGACCACGAGUUCUGCGCCGAUUUGAAAGAUCUGCUGAGGCGGAGUGAUGUCGUCACGCUGCUCGAGGAUCCGCAAAAUCAGCGAGUUUCCUGGACAAAGCUAAGCAAAAGACGGUCCUACUGCAAUGCAUCCCUAUCUUUACGCUCUCGACUGCAACUGCAGGACUCGGACUUCAAUUAUUUCAAACCGUCUGCUGUACUUAUAUGUACAACAUCAGGUGAGUCAAUGCAAGAAAUGUUCCUUUUUCCUGGAGCGACAGAAAGAGAUUUGGGCCUUGAUUCAACAACAAUAUUGAGUUCUAGUUUUUUAAGGGCUCGGAGCAAAUCACCUAUCCGAUCUCGUUAACAGAACAUGAGGUGAUUAUGCUUCUCCUCCUGAUAACCCCACCAAGACUCCCUUCACACACGCACACAUAUGACCGCUCGACAACGGCUAAUAGACCAGAAGGCAAUACUUUCUUAGAGAAAGCUGCAGUCUGAAAACCGAAGUAGAUAAAAUUCUACAUCAUCGGUGUCUUUAUAUAGUCGUAGAACAGGCGACUGCCCUAAAGCAAACACGUUUAUAGGUCAAAAAGAGGUUUUAUAUUUGCUACUGGCGCCUCUGUCAUUAUCGACGACUGCCGAGUUAAUCAGACUGUUCUUUCUUCACCCAAUAAGUGAAGCAUCCUAGUGCUUGCUGUUUCUCCAGCCAGUACAAUCCUAGACCUCGACAGGUCGGCCGUCGAUUUCAAAUGUCUACCGGAUGAGGACGAGGGGGAGUGACCUACGUGUGAAUCAGUUUAUAGUAAUAGUUGAAUUGUGCGGCAUCUACCGAAAGCUCUCUUGGCCACCCCCGCCUACCUUGGUCCAGUGUCAUGACCAAGUCAAGAAGACCGGAGGCGAGAGAGGCCGCAUGUGGUUGUCACGGCGUAAGACCGCACCCAGGUGUACCACCACACCACCGGCUACACAGCAAACAUUUGACCAGGGUUUUCAACAACAACAACAACAGCAACAACAACAACAAAAAUGAGGACGGGAGGGAUCGCAAUUGUAACUCGGCCCGCCAUUGCAUCCUGAAUGUUGGCAUUUGUUAUGGGCGCGCAUCCUCGAUAACGCCUGCUGGACUCCGAUCUAGCUCGACGCAUCAACCGAGUGGCCUGGUUAAGGGGUGAAAUUCAAGCCCUAAGUACGUGGUGACAGUUGCAACAGAAUGGAGUAUUUUGAUGCCGACAUUAUUGCUGGGGGAGGGAAUCUUUAGAGCUUAGGUGGAUGUCGAACAGGUGGGACAAGUCCGGGAGUAUUACUAUCGCACAAUUAUAUUACACAAUUGUACACUACUGACUGCCUGUUGGCAGCUUGGGAAUAUUACACGGUUAUGCCACAGUAGCUGAUUGAUUUCAGCUCAACUGUUCACAUAAUCCUUCGCAUCGAGCCUGCAAAAGCUGUGUUCUGGAGAAUUUAUUCCAAGUUCGCGCAUUACUUUCCUCGGAAAUUAAACAAAGCAGAGUUGAAGCUGGAGUUGGAACGUUGGGGUCCACUGAUGAGCCUAAUUCCUCACAGUCAUGCAGAUGCACGAACUUGACGAAGCACGCGUGUUUGGGCUUUUUAGGUGGUACCCGUGCCAUCAGUACGGUAAACCAUUCAGAAUGGAGUGUUUUGGUGGUACUGUUAUUGGUGGAGGGGGGGGGAGGGGGUACAGCUUUAGAGCCUUGAUGGACGCCGAACAAGUGGGCAGAACAGUGUGAGUGGUAUUAGGCAGCAGUGUGCAUGAACCAAGGUGUCCCUGCUGCAAUAUCGAACAUGCUAUUCAUUGGGAUCAGCGACGGGUCCACUGGCAUCUGUCCGUUUUUGGGCACAGUCCAGUGGAAGAAGGUUGUGUAACGUCUGCAAGUGGUGGAAUAUAAACUGCGCUGGCGGGCUAGAGAUGAGAGGUCGUGUUGAUUGGGUCCAAAUAAUUGGGGAUGUGGAGUGUAUGGCGUUUCUAGGUGGGAGGAGGAAACUGCCAGGAGUGAUUAAUCCUUCUGGAAACCCCUGUGCACGUGGCGAUUGCUUGGCUCGGUCCUCAACUGGGCAUCCAGCUCUCAUUCUUGGCUCGAAGAUGUUGUGCUGUGCACAGUAGCAAAACCUCGGUAACAGUCCCUGACCGACGGUCCAUAGUGGCUGGUUUCUUGAAAUGCUAACCAAAAUUCUGAAAUGCGUUUUCGGUUAGGAAGGAUUGCGUCGGCGGGGCUGUAAGACUGUCUAUCUUGUGACGUAAUCCCGUGAUAUUUCAGACACGUCAGGGUGUUGGCUUUCAAGUGCACCUCUUCACGGCCACCCGCAGAAACAGCACUUGUUAGAAUGUGGCUACUUAGGUAAUACAGUAGGUGGGCUAACUCAUUAAAUUUCAACCGAAAUUUCGAAAUGCAUUUUCGUUUCGAAAAGAUUUAUUAAGUAAGUUUGUAAAACUAAUCAGCCUGCAACAUAAUUCUAUAAUAAAUCAGUUACCACAGGAUGCUGGCUUUCGAAUGAACUUCCCUCCGGCUGCAUGCAAAAACUACACUCUGUAAAAAAUGACUACUUAUGUAGCAUGAAUUUUUCUCACUGAUUUUCGAUGCCCCUAGAAGUCCAAUUAUAUUUCAUGGAAGAUACGCAAAAUAAUAUUCAUUCUUUUAAUAAUUUGGUAGACAAUGACGUCUUCUUUCAAUUUUGUACUCGAAGGAAGGGUGUAAUUUGGUUUUAAAAAGUCUCUAAUUGUGAGAUUUUUUAAUACCGUGAAAUGGCCGUUCAUAAAACGUCAUGUCCCUGCAUUUACCAAUGUGGCUUCUAAAGUUAACAAUAUGGAUCAAAUCCAAUGCUAGAUUUUAUGAACCCAUAUGGUCUCCUUUUAAUACCGUAGAGAAAUGUGUGGGUUUCUGUACGCGGAGAAUACAUGGCUUGUAGCUUGGAAACCCUGAAUACAAGUAACGGCAGAGCGGGUUGAAAAUUAUUCGGGAAUUAGAAAAGUUUUUGAAAACCGAAUAAUACCCUUCCGUUGAGUAUAAAAUUGGAAGAAGACGCAAUUUUCUACCGAAAAAGUGAAGGAAUGAAUAUUUUUAUUCAUGUCUUCCAUUAAAUAUAAUUGAACUUUUUGAGGCAUCGAAAAAUCAACGAGGAAAAUGCAUGCUACAUACGUAGUCAUUUUUUAAAGGGUAUGGUUUUUGUAGGCAGCCGGAAGGAGGUUCGUUCGAAAGCCAGCAUGCUGGGGUUAUUGAAUUAUUAUAGAAUUAUGCUGCAGGAUGAGUAGCUUUACAACCCUAUUUAAUAAAUCUUUUCGAAACGAAAACGCCUUUCGGAAUUUCGGUUGACAUUUUAUGAGUUAGCCUACCCACUGUAUAUGUUUUCUCUGUCGAUUUUCGGUGCCCUUAUGAAUUCAAAUAAAUUUUGUGGAAAACCUCCAUUAAUAUAUUAUUUCUUGUACUUAUUUGAUAUCAACUCGUGUCUGUUUCUUCUCCUUCUUCUUUUUCUUCAACUCUCACACUUGAAGUUAUGGCACUCUUCGGCUUUGAGAAGUUUUUAAAUUCCCACUUUGGAGGGAUUUAUAGAGUGUUGUGUGUCGUGGAUUCAUUUUUAAAUGUCCCUUUCAGUGUGGACUCACAGAUGCCUUUAGUGACAUUUCUAUGCUAGGGGAGCGGUGAGCUCACCAAGCACAUCGUUAACUUGGUGUACGCUCCUGCAUUGGUCCUCCGUGUGGUCAUUCUAAGCAUAGCAGUCAAACCUCGCUGGCCGUCUCUGACUGACGGUCUAAAUCUUGUGAGGGUAUCCUAAAAUAAGUCCUACGGAGGGGAGGCAUGUAAGUCUGUAGAUGGCUCAGGCCAUUUCUGGACGUUUUCUCAUUUCACCAGUCGCGAGACCUCGUGGGACCGGUCAAGACUCGGGGAUACCUCAACAGUCCAAUUCGGGGCUCGCUGUUUCUCCCACGGGAGGCAGGGGCUGGAAAUUGUGCCCAACUACACAACUGACCGUGGCUAAAAACAAACUGAAACAAUUUCUGUCCCCAUUCCACUGUCCCCACAGCUGGGCUGACUUUACCCAGUCUGGCAGCUUGCGAUUCGUCUUCUCAUUCAGAUAACCGACCAGAAAAGAGGACAGAGGUGGUCGUCUGCAAACUGGUAUGAUACAAAGUGGACGUCGCGACCCCCCUCAGAGAGACUUUCAUCUCCGAACGAGGGCAACCGAAAGAUGCCAGCGCACGUCUUGUUCCGGGGGGGAUGUCCGGAUGCGGAGGGAGGGGGUUCCGGAGUCCUCUUGACAAACCCAGAUCUGUAAGAAUGACCGCGACAUCUCCCUUCCCAGCACUGCUGUCAAGAUAGUUUCGCUCACUCGCCUGCACCUCCACCUUGUGCAGAAAUUAACCACAGAAGGGCAUCCUAUAACAGACUUGCUGUUCGCGGUCCACCAACUGCUAGGCAAAUGCCACAUAACGACGAUAAACCUGCAUGCUAGAUUUUUCGAUUUAAAAUCAACGUUCGGCUCGAAUGGACCGAUGGACUUUAGAAAAUCCUGCUGAAACUCAAAAAUGUCGGGGUCGAUUAACACACGUGGUAAGAGAGCCGCGUGACGGCAUGAUCGCGCACGUCACGGGCUAUGAUUCAGUCUCUGGAGGAUUUCAGUCGACAAAAGGGGAUGAAGCAUGGUCGUAUCCUCGUUCCUACCUUCCAUGGCGUCAUGCCCCUAUCUGCUGACCUAGAAUCAAGGUUAACUUCCGCCGACUAUCGAACAUCCGACGUAUGGCGGUAGAACUGAAAGAAUUCAGGACCAGUGACCACAACCUAUUACUGGCAGACAACUGCGCGUUGAAGACCACAACCGAGUGACCAUAAGCACGGAGAAGACAGUGGUCACAUACCAACCGGCACCAGCUGAAAAAUGCGACGAACCCAUGAUUGGCGUCCGGGGGCAUCGUUUCCCACCCGUGGACAAGUCUGCAUACUUCCUGAGUAGAAUCUAAAGAGGCAGCAAGAUCGUCGACGAAACUGUAGCCAGGAUGUCAAACAUCGGUCAGCCCUUCGGCUUGAAUUGUAAUGCUGUCUUCUUCAACACGGAACUGAAGAUAUGCAGUGAUAUCCUCCAGAUUUUUGACUGCAAAACUGUCAGUGGGGGUCAUGCAGAUGGUGUAGUUGGUGAUGAGAAUGAUGACGAUCACGACCACGAACCUGAUGCCGGUUAGUAUGAUACUGACGAGGACGAUACUGUUGACGAUUAAGAGGAGGAGGUGGAGUAGUGUGAAUGUGACGAUGCUGUUCGCGACGUGAGCGGCACGAUACUAACGAACUGUUAUCGACGACGAUGAAUGAUCUAACACAGUCUACGGUAAUAAUAAUGACCAAAGUGGCGAUGGCGACUGUACUGACAGCAAUAAUGAUGACGCUGGUAAUUUUUGUGAUAAUAACAAGAGGAAAGAGGUCGCAAAUAAUGGUGAAAAUGCUGUUGACAGCGACUAUUGGCACGGGGACGGUGAUAAUAAUAAUAAUGGAGACGAUUAUGAUGAUGAUGAUGAUGAUGAUGAUGAUGAUGAUGAUGAUGAUGAUGAUGAUGAUGAUGAUGAUGAUGGGGACCGUGAUGUGGAACUUAGUAGUGACCCGGUGGUGCAGGAGAGACAGGUGAUGGGAAUGAGGAUGGUGAUCGUAUGGAGGACCAUGUUGAUGCUCAUGAUUCAACGGACAAUGCUGGUGAGGAGAAUUAUGAUGUUGAUGGACGAAAGGAGGAGGAUGAGAAUAAUGACAGAGAUGACGUUCAAGAUAAUGGCGAUGACGAUGGAGUUUGUCAUGAGGAGCGCGAUGAUGAGAACGGUGGGCUUUAUAAGGUCGAUGACCACGAUUACGAGAAGGAGAAGAAGAAGAAAAAGAAGAAGAAGAAGGAGGAGGGUGUUGACAAUACUGACGUAAUGAGAAGGGACAUGUUCCCCACGGUCUUUACUGUACUGGUAGUUACUAACUGAUGACGGUGAGGAGCGCGUUAACGACGAUGGUGGUGAUUAGAAGGAGGAUGAAGGAGGAGAAUGAGUAGGAAGGGGGGGGGGGGAGGAAGACGAGGACAACAGUAUCUCUGGCAAGUAUAGUCCAAUGUUAGGGUUAAGUUUUAGAGAAUCACCCUAAAAGUUGUGUCGAGGUCACUUAAGACCAGACCCUUUAACAUGUACGAAACGGAACGAGUAAGUUCCGUAAGAAUUAUCGGUGAGCGCUCCCUGCCAUUGUAUAUUCCCGAUCGAAAACCGACGGGGCAGUGGGCUCGUGGCUCUGUGGUUAGAGGCACGGACUUCUAACAAACAGGUCACGAGUUCGAGCCUCGGGUGUUCCACACCUCGGGUUUGGGUAUGAAUGACUGACGUCGGCUAAUAAGUCAGAAAUGGUCAUUCCAGUCUCCCUUGUCUUCGUCGGUAAUAACAUGCUGCAUAUACAUAUAUAUGUAGUAUCUGUCGCAACUCAUGAAACGUGAUGACAGACAUGGAGAUAGUUAUUUUAUGUGUAUGAGGCGCUGCACAGUCUACCCAUUCGCCUGGCCCUUCCCGAAAAAUGUCCCUCCUUACAGAAUAUAUGUAAUUUUACCAGGCAUAAUGUCUGCACCUGGGCAGACAUCAACAUUACUCUAUAUAUGGGAAAUGUCUAAGGUUACUGGCAGCCGUAGUAUUAGCUGUGCAUUAGAGCCUGUUUUUAUUUAAGAGAGAAUUUCAAUAAACACAUAGGAGAGAAGCUAUCGUUAUGUACAAUGAGCUGAAAGCAUUGGAAGUCAUAAAAUACUCAUUGAUAUUUUAAGGACACUGAAAUUCAGCAUCCUCUACUGUCAGCAAAAAAGGCUCAUAAAUUUGAUGGGAGAAAAGUUCUCUUAACAUCCACAAAAAUGCAUUCUUGCGACUGCAUCUGCCAAUUCUAUUCAAAUUUAAAAUAAUUGAUCUGUUUGUCAGUAUGUGACCUUAUGGAAACGUUUAUUCCUGUGAUGUCUAUGUCAAUGGAAUCAAGGGGAAUCCCCUUUACAUAAACCAACCGCUUUUCAAACAAUACAGAAGCAGUCUCUUGAAAUACAUGGCCAGACAGUACAAAAUUCCCUUCGUGUUGGACUACAAACAGCAACACUUCUUGGGCAAUAUUUGAGAGAGAGAGAGGAAUGCGCUUUAUUUUGAAAUCGUAAGUUCAAAAUUUUCAGCAAAAAAUUGGCUCCAUUCACUGAGGGUAGUAAAUAAAUUAAGAGAUUAUUCAACAGUCAAAGAAACGAUUAUUAUGGGGAUAGUUCAGGUCUGAGCUUCUGUAUUUCUUUCUCUUCGCACGUAAGAUAGCGCGCUAAGAAGGGCAAUACAGAGGCUCGAUAAGCCAAUGUGCGACAGGAUAUAAGACGGAAGUUGCGGCGCAUCGGGCGGGAAGACUUGGCAGACAUAAGAUCGGAAUGUAGGGGAUGGGCAACGUCAUCUAGAAUUCGACCAGCAAAUUGCUUGACCGCAUUGAAGUGUCGUUGUAAGAUUGUGUCAACUAAAAAAAUAUAAGAAACGCCAGCAGCAGAAGAGAGCAUGCGGAGGAUUCGUUUCAAAAUUAAAAGAUCCUUUUUUAACAAAGCAGGAAAAACGACAGGAGAACAGUAUAGGAUAAGAGGAAGAAUGCAGACAUCAAUGAAUCGCCAGACUAAGGGUUGAGGUGCGUGGUAGGAACGCAAACGACGAAUGUAGUAAAGAAGUUUACGAACUUUAAUAAAUAGGGACUCAAUAUGGAGGGAAAACGAGAUAUUUGAGGACAAAGUAACGUCGAGAUACCUAAAAGAGGAUACCUCAUUAGGAAAAAUGUCAGAGGAAUCAGGGUUAGGAGAGGGCCGCAGUCGAAAAAUACACUGAACGGAUUUUUGGUUGUUAAUUAGGAGACCAUUUUCCUCCGACCACACUAGGACAUGGUUUAGGCCAUCCUUUAGAGACCGGAGGUAUGUCUGACUUUUGAGAGGGUGUCCAACAACCACAUCGUCAGCAUACUUGACCAGAAGACAGUCAUUAGGGGACCUGAGAUCAUCAGUGUGGAGGGAGAAAAGGUGAGGGGAUAGAAUGGAACCUUGAAGAACACCGCAGUCAUUGGGAAGGGUCGAAGGUUUCCGCUUGCCAGAUUGGACAAAUUGGGUGCGGAAGGUAAAAUAAUCGCUCAGCCAAGAGGCGACCCAGCCUGGAGAGCCACAUGCGGAGGUUUUGGAAAGGAGAAGAGGACGCGGGACGGUAUUGAAGGCGGAGGAGUAAGCAAGAAAAGCGCACGCAUACUCGCGGCAACCCUUGUCUAAUGCUUUUAGAGCAGAGUGGACCACAAGAGCGACAGCAUCUAAAGUACUCCGUUUAGCUUUGUAUGCGAAUUGUAAGGGGUCAGAAAAACUGGAAGAAAAAGGUUUUAUGAUAUCUAGGGCAACUCUUUCAGCAAGCUUUAGUAUUGCAGAGGAGCAGGCAAUUGGGCGAAAAGAUUUAGGACCAAAGUUAGCAGGCUUUUUAGGGAUGGGAGUGAUUCUCACUGUACGCCAGGCGUCGGAAAUCUUGGGCUCCAUGAAAGACAUGUUGAUUAAGUGCGUUAAAAUAGGGGCCAUCUGAGAACUGCAAGAUUUAAGAAGAAAAGGCGAGACACCAUCCGGUCCGGCAGCUGUUGAUCCACGGACCUUUUUAAGGUGUUCCUCUACUGUUGCCAAAGACACGGGUUGGAAUGUACUCGGUGAUAGGGGAAUGUCUUCUAAGGGAAGAUGGGAGUCAUUGUGACUAAAUAUAAAAUUUUUAUUUAGGGAGUCUAAAUCUGCAUCCACAUGCACCAGCGUGUUGCGAUGGCCAGUGAGACGCUUAAGAUUUUUCCAAAUCUCAGCUGAGGAAGGGGGGAAAGGGGGGGAGUAAGAAGAGGAAAAAUUUGGCUGACAAACAGGCUAUUUAGCCUGUCAAUCUCUGUUUUUAUUAAGACGGUAACGUCCUUAAGGCUAUCACGUAAGCCUAGCUUGUAAAGGAGUUCUUUUUUACGUCUUAACGAUUUCAGAUAGGGGGAAGAAAUUCUAUCCGGUCGUACCAUAACAGUAUCAAAAGGGCAGCAAAUAUCGAAAAUUUCAUUUAAAAACGCUGUCAGGUCGGAAGAACAGGAUUCAACAUUAGAAUGUUCAAGGGAAGUGGGGAUAGUAAGAGAAAUGCAAGUCUGAAGCAUGAGAAUGUUUUGGGCGGACGUGUUGCGAACCUUAACCUUUCUCUAAGGCUUGGCAAGCAGUGCACGUUUUGAAGUGGAAUAGAUUUUUGGAAGGCACAAUAAAGUGGAAUGGUCAGAACCUGACAAUGGAGCCCUGUUUUUUACGCAAAAAAGCUUGCUGUGGUUAGUCAGAAUAAGAUCAAGAGGGGCAUCUGCGCGAGUAUUAAAGGAGACAAGAUCAUCGAAGCCUAAAAGUGUAAGGGGACGUGAAAAUUUUUUAAACGCUAUUGCGCUGUCGCCGUUUUCUUCGGUCACGUAUAUGCAUGGACAAGCACUGUGUACGUCUAAAACUUGAGUCGUGUCAUGUGACAUUAAUUUUUGCAUUUUAAACAUUUCUGUUUAUUUAAUAGAACCGUCCUUUCUCAUCAACAAAAUAGCUCUUAGAACACUUAUUUUUCGUUUUUAUUUAUGUUUAGGUCGUUCAGUUAUUCGUUUGUUGUUUUGGUGGAUGCACUCGGACUGGUUUCCGCUUGGUUAGUGAUUUUACGUCAGAUUAGGCAUAUUUUAUGAGUUGGGUCGCCCACUACAUAUAUUUACCCAGGAAUGGGCGCACACCGAUCCAUUAGCUUCCCGAAGCAAACAAGCUUCGUAUGCAUGACAGGGGUCACGAACAGACAACCACCUACCAGGCCGAAGUCGGCCAAGUUAUGACAGCAGAGAGGAGAGGACAGACUCUGGGGGUAGAUUGGUACAAAAUUGUUGUAAGCUCUUUUGCCUUUAUUCAGUCAGCCAUAACGCGGCCACCAGCUGGUACCGGAUACACAAAUGUGCACACACAGAGCUGGCGCAGAUGGUCUACCGUUUGGGUCUACCAGGUGGGUCCUGAGCGUUUCAUCGAACAAAAAUUCAUCAGUGUCAGCCAUACGGAGCUUGUUUGCUUCGGGAAGUCAAUAGGUCGGUGUGCGUCUGUUCCUGAGUGAAUAAAUACCCGACUUGCAGCAACAGAGAAUGACAGGUGGCAGGGCACUGAUGAACUUCGGCUCGAUGGAGUGUUUAUGACCCAUCUGGUAGACCCCAGUGAUGGACCAGUUGUAUCAGCUCUGUUUGCGCAGGCUUGUUUCAGGUCCAAGCUGAUGGUUAAGGUUAUGAGCGGCUUGAUGAAAGCAAACAAGCUCGCAACAGUUCUGUAUAAAUCUAUCCUAAGUCUCUGUCGUCUCUCCUCUGAUAUAUAUAUAUGUAUAGAAAAAAGGAAGUUUUUUUUGGAAAAAUCGAGUUGUACUGGGGAAUUUUCGCGCUGUUGACACAACUCGUCAUCAGACGAAAUGAAAACAAACGAGAGAGUUCGGUUGUGACCCUAGACUAAUUAGCGCGAUAGGACAAACAGACUAUUGGCCUAUGAGAGGGAUUUUUCAAAGCCUCUUCGUGUUUUUGUUAUAUGGGUUCGGAAUGAAUACCACGUCUGAUCUACAACACAUAUUAAUAGUAAAAGAGCGCCCACCGAUCAUGUUACGGAACUCACUCGUCCUGUUGUGCCUUGGGGCUCUCUCUUGAGUCCAACCAGCAGUAGCACAGCAGCGCGUUCUAUAGGCAGAAUGGUAUUACCGACAAAGACAAGGGAGACUGGAAUGGCCAAUUCUGGCUUAUUAACCGUCGUCAGCCAGUCAUAUAAAACGGACCAACGGACAACAUACCUGUGACAGAAUAGUCGAGUCCUGACACGUAUUGUUUGCCUUCAUACCUCCUCCCCCUAAAUUGCCCCUACCAGGGCUCCACACACCAAACUGAGGCGCAUGUCAUCUAUCAUUCUUAACGUGUAAUCAUAGUCCAUCCGACUUUCACCCUCUCAUACAUACACCAGUAAUUGACCGCGUUGAAGGCUGGACCAGUUCAUUCCGUCACACAGUUUUUUUUCAAGGAAUCAUGCACUUUUAUAAAUUUACUAGUCAUGCAUUGGUCACUUAACGAAUCGUGCGCUAAACGACGUGCGCUAAAGUGUCUUCUUCCUAAAUGGGUGUACUAGUCAGUCUGCUAAAAUAUAAGACCUAGUGAUUUAAAAAACUCCUGCUCAAUAUUCAGCUUUGAACACAAAUUUCACCUUAAUCGGAAAGACGCUGACAUCCGCUGUCCCCUGCUGCCUGUUGUAUGCCUAGGGCAAAGUUUCCGAUUCGACGCCCUGGCGGAGGCUCUCCGGUGCCACAAACUGGCUGCAGCAGCACUGACCAUUCCACACACCCUGAGCAUUGCGGAGGACAGUCUGAGCCAACUGCGGUCCCUGCGCAACGUCCUCAUCGUGCCUCCCGCCUCCGCAGCAGUCAGCACCAACACCCGCUGCCUGCGCUUCCACCUAGUCAACAUGAUCAUUCAUCAGCUGUCUAGGAGUCUCAAGAUCAAACUCCGAUGCAACUUAAAGGGCCUGGAGGACAUUGGCCUUCCUGUUGCAGCAUCCCGUGAGGCGGCGGUCCCCCAGUCCUCGCGAUACAUUGACAGCCUAUUGGAGACCACUCGGGCACGCCUACGCCGUUCCCUGAGACAGGCCGCAUCAAGUCUCAGCCGGACUCUGCCACGUGAGUUUCUGCUGCAUUUUAGGCCUCACGGUCGGCGGACGGAAGCGACGGUGACAGCAGUGGAGAAGGAUGACACCUGGGAGGCCGCCAACUCUGAGCUCCGCACUGAGAUCGGAGAGUUGGGGGAAAUGGCGGUCUCGUAG